AUGUCUAUUAAUUUGACUACAGAUAUAUAUUAUAUUUACCUCCUUAGUAAUGCAAGAAGUCUUUGUGGGAAGCAGAGAAGCAAGCAACUGCAUUUCUUGUGCUCACCUAAACAUUACUGGAGGAUAAGCCACGUCAGUCUACAAAGAGGUUUUCAUACAAGCAAAAUAAGAUGUAAAUGGACCAAAAGUGAAGCACAUUCUUGCAGCAAGCACUGUUCCUCUCCAAGCCACCAUGGUUUACACAUUGGGAUUUUGAAACUUAGCACUUCUGCCCCCAAGGGACUAACAAAAGUGAGCAUUCGUAUGUCCCGUAUUAAAAGUACUUUGAACUCUGUUUCAAAGGCUGUUUUUGGCACUCAGAAUGAAAUGAUCUCACGUUUAGCUCAAUUUAAGCCAAGUUCUCGAAUAUUAAGAAAAGUAUCGGAUGGUGGCUGGUUAAAACAGAAAAACAUUAAACAAGCCAUCAAAUCUCUGAAAAAGUAUAGCAACAAAUCAGAAGAUACUUCUUUUUCGGAAAAGGAAAGUCGUGUUCUAGAUGAAGAUCUAGGUAAACAAAGCCUGUUUCGUUACACGCGUAGUAUAACCACAAAAUUUGGAGAGUCGUUCUACUUUUUAUCAAGUCAUAUUAAUUCAUACUUCAAACGUGAGGAAAGAAUGCCUCAAAAAAAAGAAAGUAAACAUUUCCAGGACAAAUCGGAACUUGAAGAUACAAAGGUUGAAGAAGGGAAAUCUAGCUCUCCAGAUCCUGGCUCCCUGAGGGAUAAGCUAGAUUCAGAAUCUUCCUUAUGUUCUGAGGACAAGCCUGCAAGUCCCGGUGGCACACCCGAGGCACUUCCAGUUUCUACUAAACAAAGUAUUGCUAACUUUCUUUCUCGUCCCACUGAAGGUGUACAAGCUUUAGUAGGUGGUUAUAUUGGUGGACUUGUCCCCAAAUUGAAGUAUGAUUCGAAGAGUCAGCCGGAAGAACAGGAGGAGGCUGUUAAAGCCGAGCAACCUGUCAGCAAAGACAAAAAUGCAGAGGAGAAAAAGCGGUUAUCUCUUCAGCGAGAAAAGAUUAUUGCAAGAGUGAGUAUUGAUAACAGAACCCGGGCAUUAGUCCAAGCAUUGAGAAGAACAGCUGACCCAAAGCUCUGCAUUAACAGGGUUGAAGAACUGACGUUUCAUCUCCUAGAAUUUCCUGAGGGAAAAGGAGUGGCUGUCAAGGAAAAAAUUAUUCCAUAUUUAUUACGAUUGAGACAAAUUAAGGAUGAAACUCUUCAGGCUGCAGUUAGAGAAAUUUUGGCCUUAAUUGGCUACGUGGAUCCAGUGAAAGGAAGAGGAAUCCGAAUUCUUACAAUUGAUGGUGGAGGGACAAGGGGUGUCGUUGCUCUUCAGACACUGCGAAAAUUGGUUGAACUUACUCAGAAGCCAGUUCAUCAGCUCUUUGAUUACAUUUGUGGUGUGAGCACAGGUGCUAUAUUAGCAUUCAUGUUGGGAUUGUUUCAUAUGCCCUUGGAUGAAUGUGAAGAACUGUACCGAAAAUUAGGAUCCGAUGUGUUUUCACAAAAUGUCAUUGUUGGAACAGUCAAAAUGAGUUGGAGCCAUGCAUUUUAUGACAGUCAAACCUGGGAAAAUAUUCUUAAGGAUAGAAUGGGAUCCUCACUAAUGAUUGAAACGGCAAGAAACCCUACAUGUCCUAAGGUAGCUGCAGUAAGUACCAUAGUGAACAGAGGGAUAACGCCCAAGGCUUUUGUGUUCAGAAACUAUGGUCACUUCCCUGGCAUCAACUCUCACUACCUGGGAGGCUGUCAGUACAAAAUGUGGCAGGCCAUCAGAGCCUCGUCUGCUGCGCCCGGCUACUUUGCGGAGUACGCACUGGGAAACGAUCUUCACCAAGACGGAGGCUUGCUUCUGAAUAACCCCUCAGCUCUCGCCAUGCACGAGUGUAAAUGUCUUUGGCCGGACGUGCCCUUGGAGUGCAUCGUGUCUCUGGGCACCGGGCGGUACGAGAGUGAUGUGAGAAACUCUGUGACGUACACGAGCUUGAAAACCAAGCUGUCGAAUGUUAUCAACAGUGCUACGGAUACAGAAGAAGUCCAUGUGAUGCUUGAUGGUCUGUUACCUCCUGACACCUAUUUUAGAUUUAAUCCUGUGAUGUGUGAAAACAUACCUCUAGACGAAAGCCGAAAUGAAAAGCUCAAUCAGCUGCAGCUGGAAGGGUUGAAGUACAUCGAAAGAAACGAAGAAAAAAUGAAAAAACUUGCAAAAAUACUAAGUCAAGAAAAAACAACUCUGCAGAAAAUUAACGAUUGGAUAAAACUAAAAACUGACAUGUACGAAGGCCUUCCAUUUUUUUCAAAAUUGUGA